AUGAGAGGAAAACAGUACCAGCAACUUAAGAUAACUGCUCCCUAUGAGAAGGAUGCAGUAUAUGGAAGAAAGCUCAAAACAUACAGCAACCAUACCAAAAUAAUAGCUCAGCCAGGAAUCAUGAUGAAGGUGUUACGCAGAAAGAGGAUUGUUUUAUUCAUUGCCUAUUUUCUGCUGUUGGUUCUGACUAUGUUGAACUUGGCUAAUUACAAAUGGACUAAGGAACCACAACAGUGCAAUCACCAGAUGAGGAGCACUCCAUUCCAGGGCAGAUCUGAUAUCCGUUUCCUUUACAGACCCUCCCUGGCUAAGAAAAGACAGCUUGUCUACAUCCUGACCACUUGGAGGUCUGGAUCGUCUUUUUUCGGAGAGCUCUUUAAUCAAAACCCAGAAGUGUUCUUCUUGUAUGAACCCAUGUGGCACAUCUGGCAGAAACUGUACCCAGGUGAUGCUGUCUCUCUACAAGGGGCAGCAAGAGACAUGCUGAGCUCCCUAUAUCGCUGCGACUUUUCUGUUUUCCAGCUGUACAACAGCCCUGGGGGCAAGAAUUUUACCUCACUUGGACUCUUUGGAGCCACCCUCAAUAAAGUCAUCUGCUCCUACCCUUUGUGUUCAGCCUACAGGAAGGAUGUGGUGGGUAUGGUUGAUGAUAAGGUGUGUAAAAAGUGCCCUCCGCAGAGCCUCAGACUUCUAGAGGAAGAGUGUCUGAAAUAUAACACUAUUGUUAUCAAAGGGGUGCGAAUCUUGGAUGUUAACAUAUUGGCUCCUCUGAUGGAGGACCCAUCCCUGGAUCUCAAGGUGAUUCACCUGGUUCGAGACCCGAGAGCAGUGGCUAAUUCCAGGAUCAAAUCCAGACAUGGCUUGAUUCGUGAGAACUUACAGGUGGUCAGGAGCAGGGACCCAAAACUUCGACGAAUACCGUUUGUUGAUCCUGGACAUAAAGUAAGCAAAAAGGAUGGUGCCGACUACCACUCCAUUGGAGCUAUGGAAGUGAUAUGUGACAGGACUUUAAGGAGCUUGAGAACUGCCUUAAACCCUCCCAGCUGGCUGAGAGGAAAAUACAUGGCGGUACGCUACGAGGACCUGGUGGAGAACCCUGUCAAAGUGCUACGAAGCGUUUACCGCUUUGUCAACCUCAGUUCCAGCCACGACAUUGAGUCUUUUGCCCUGAACAUGACAAAUGGCACGAGCUCGUCAUCUAAGCCGUUUAUCGUCUCCUCCAGGAAUGCCACUCAAGCAGCCAGUGCAUGGAGAACUGUGCUGAGUAUUCAACAGAUAAAACAGGUAGAGGAAUAUUGCCAUCAUGCAAUGGCAGUGCUGGGAUAUGAGCGGGUGAGGACCGCAGGGGAAGCUAAAGACUUACGAAAAUCCUUACUGACCUCCUCAAAACUGUGA